AUGUAUUUACUUGAUGAUGAUGAGUGGCACAAAGUGUUGGUGAUUCGUGACUUUUUAAAGGUUUUUUACAAUAUCACUAAUGAAUUCUCUGCCUCUACAACACCAACUUCAAAUGUUUAUUUCAAGGGGGUUUGGGAUAUUCAAUGCAUGCUACUUGAAACUGCAAAUGGUCCUCAUUCAUUCUUGAUUAAUAUGGUAAAAGAAAUGCAAAAGAAAUUUGACAAGUACUGGUCGGAUUAUAAUAUGUUAUUGUCUUGUGCUUGUGUUUUGGACCCUCGUUAUAAGCUUAAAUUUGUUGAGUAUUGUUACACCGUUCUUUAUGGAGAAAUGAUAGCUAAGGAGAAAGUGGCGGAAGUGAGAGCCAUUUUGUGUGACUUGCUAAAAGAGUAUAGAGAUGUGGAUGGUGAGGAUAUUGGUCAAAGUGGCGAGGUUGGUGGGGAGACAAAUAUGCAUGUUCCUAUUGGUAGUGAUAGGAUGGCUAAUUAUAGCAGUUGGAUGACUAGAAAAGAACAAAGUGUGGUGGAAAAAUCACAACUUGAUCCUUAUUUAGAGGAAAAGAAUGUUGAUCAUAAGACUCCUCUUGAUGUGUUAUGUUGGUGGAAAAAUAGUGGAGCACCUAGACAUCCACAACUUGCCGCAUUAGCUCAUGACAUCCUAGCUAUUCCUAUAUCAUCUGUUCCCUCCGAGUCGGCUUUUAGUAUGGGUAAGAAAUUGAUUAAUCCUUGGAGGGCUUCUCUAACAUCAAUGACGAUUGAAUCUCUUGCUUGUUAUGAAGAUUGGCUACAUGCAAAGGGUUUAUGUUUAGGUCGGUCUACCAUUUUUAAUGCUGAAGAGCAGGAAGAAGAGGUAGAUCGUGAAGAUGAUGAUAGUCAAAUCAUUGGUUAA